UCGAAAUUGAAGAAAGGAAAGUCGAUCCAAGAGGCUGGCCAAUUGCGGCUUCGAGACUCUGUAGGAGCAGCGUUGGAACGGACGUUGAUGAGAACAAUGGAUUUCAGGCAAGCUUUUUGUACACGAAAGACCUUGCAGCGGCGACUGAACGAGCGUGGAACGAGAGGCUCACGUUAAGUGAAAGUCACGCUAAGUGAGAGUCACACAAACUCACCUUCACUUGUUUUUCGUUAGUCACGACGUCGUUCGCGCUACAUCUCUCACUUUCUUCUGUCCAACUUAGCGACCAAAUCGAACUGCACUACUUGAAGGCACUCGAUCUCCCUUCGCGAUACAUAUAACAAUCAGCCCACAGCAUACCCCAUGAGCGCGGAGGAAGCUCCUGCUACGACCGGCGUCGGACUGCCAAUCAAGGCAGCGGCAACGAGCCAAGUAUUCAACCGACGCACCCUGAAGACUUCCCGGUACACGACUGGAAUGCUCUCGACGUCGGGCUGGGUUCCAUUUGAGAAUCCUUCGUGGCAUACGGUAGCUUCAAACGACGAUGCAACAGCAGCUAAUGCCGAUGUCGAAGAGCUUCUCGCGUGUCAUGAAAGAGAAAGCAGCUCAUAUCAAACGGCAGCAAAGGUCAUAAAUUACAGCAGCAUCGAUGCGAGCGAUGACAACGACGGUCACACGACAGUCGCCGAUAUUCCAAGCGCUCAACUCGUUUACGACUCUUACUUCCGGCACGCAGGAUGGACUGGAUGCGCAUCGCUUAGUCAGGUCAAUCAGCUCGCUGCAGGUCCGUCAGCUACACUCAUUCAACCGAAGCAUGCACAAGGCUCGACAGGCACUAGCACAGGCGCGACGAUUGCAGACGCUAUCACAGUCUUGACUGCAUCUGACACUCAAGUGGAUUGUAUCGACACGCGAAACGUUACAGGCGACGAUGAGCCAGCUGCUGCUGAAGAGUACCUACGAACCAAGAAGAUGAAGCAGGCAAAAGCUUUCUUUCACCCCGAAGAAGAAGCCUGGUUACUGCUGUUUCACAGCAAGGUCAAGGCUGCCGCCGAAGCUGGACAUAACAUCAAACUUCCCGGAGCUUCGGCCGUGGUGAAGGUUUUCAACAAAUUCUUCGAGGAUCGUGUGCUGAAAGAUGAACGUGGCGAGAACUUGCCGCCUCGUCAAGAGCGUGAGGAGAAGUCGAUGAAGAACAAGAUCAUGAAAAUGCACACCAAGAUUUGGCGCCUCCGGGACGUGACGCGCAAGUUGCUGGAAGGCAAGCGGGAUGGGGCUGUGUUCACGCCCACUGUCACUGAGGACGAGCUAAGACAAUAUCUUCUCGAUGGAUCCGUGUCGCUGCAAGAUGCUGAGGUGCUUCUUUUCGUUAAACCUUAGUUUCAAAGUUUGUCGACAGGUAAUCAUGGUGCAGCUAUGCGCACUCAGAUCAGGUUCACUCCACUUCCAGGCACUGGUGGGCACGAUGAAAGCAGUGACAUGCGACUUGCCGCGCAAAUUUCCGUUUACAGUACGCAUCCCAGUACAGUCGCUGAAUGGGGCAGAGGAAGGCUAAAACGCCAUAUGCAAGGGUCGAGUACAA